AUGGAAGAACGGAAGGAGAUUGAUUACAGGAAAGGGGAAAGAAAAAAAAGUUUGGAGGGAAACCUGCGUGCGUUGUCUCAAGCCAAGGCUGUGGGCUGGGACCUCGCAUUUGCUCAAUAUGGAAUUUAG